GGUCCAGCUCGCCCUGCUGGUCAAGGUCGCCCAGCUCCAGGACCUAUGACCGAUCCCGACGCUCCCGGGCCUUCCAGCCGCGGGGACACCUCGCCGGACGUGAUGCCCGAUCCUCAGGAGACCCCACGUGGAAGCAACUCCAACUCCAACAGCUCGCUGGCAGACAGCUGCAAGGGGCCGGAGCUCCAGUGGGGCCUCCCGCUUUUCUGCUGCUCGUCUAGGCGGGAACAGUCAGACCCCGUUGGUGCCCGCUACGCCGGCGAGGGGCCGGAGAGCCCCCACGACGCCAUCACCCUGCCACCCCCUCCACCGCCUCCUCGCACGCCAAGGCCCAGGCACCCACCAAUGGGCUGGCCUUUCUAGAUCUACCCACAACCACUAUGCG